UUUUCAGGGGUAUGUUUGGCCAAAUGGGAGAGUGAUUAUAAUACACAAGCUACAAACUACAACCCUGGAGACAAAAGCACUGACUAUGGGAUAUUCCAGAUUAAUAGCCGCUACUGGUGCAAUGAUGGCAAAACUCCAGGAGCUGUUAAUGCUUGUGGCGUGUCCUGCAAAGCUUUGUUGCAAGAUGACAUCAGUCAAGCUGUAGCAUGUGCAAAGAGGGUUGUGAAGGAUCCCCAAGGCAUUAGAGCAUGGGUGGGAUGGAGAAAUCACUGUGAAAACAAAGAUGUCAGCUCAUAUAUAAAAGGCUGCAAAGUGUAACUGCAAAAUUUUCUUGUUCAGCUCAUUUUGUUUCUUUUGCAUAUAAAGGGAGUAGCAGCUAAGGGAAAGUUCACAGAGCCAUUGUUUCCUCUCCAAACAAAUAGCAACUUACAAAAACAGAAAAAUGGGGCCGGGGUUUUAGCUCAGCAGUGCCGCCCCCUGCCUCGAAAGCUCAAGGUCCUAAAUUCGAUCCCCGGUACCCCCCCCCAAAAAGAAACAGAAAAAACUCUUUCUCCUAAGAGCCUUACUAUUCACUCAUAUGCUUAUUGUUUGAUAUACAUCCUCUUUUUUCAUUUCAUGAAGAGGGAAAAAGCUGGUAAAUUGUUUCUAAUACUCUAACUCUCAAUAAAUCCAGGGUACAUUUAAUUCUUAGCAAGGAAAUAACCAAGACUUGAGCAGAAACCAUAUCAAUACUCACCAAUAUUAGAUGAAAAUAUAACAAAACUUCAUGUAAGAACAAAUUCAUCUUAUGGAAAUUCCCACCUGUAUUGGCAUCUGAUACCUUCAUCUGCUCAACACUUCCCAAAACAGUAAAAAAUAAACAUGUGAUUGGCCAAGAUAAAAUAUUUUAAAGAGCACAGUUGCAAAUAGCUAAAAAUUGAGACUGUCUGGAGUAAGAAUUUGGCUCUCAUAAAGUAUGUAACAUUUGAUGUCAGUAUUGUCUUAGGUAUGCUGCAGUUGUUGAGUUUUAAGACUAGAUUCACAAUUUGUAUAUCAAAGUGUUUCAACUCUUGAAUGAAUACGUGCAUCUUGCUGAUCCUGAAGGCACUGAUGGGAAACGAAAUGAGCUGUUCCUGUUCCUCAACUUGGAUUCAUGUAUUUCAACUAAAUCUGAGACAGAUGAGCUUCUAUUAUUAAUUAACCAGAGAAUGAAAUUACACAGAUUGUAUAAAAUGCAAACAUUAUCAUUAAAGGCUUUGCAAGGCA